AUGCCGGAGCUGCCGGAGGUGGAGGCGGCGCGGCGGGCGCUGCAGGCGCACUGCGUGGGGAGGCGCAUCGCGCGCUGCGCCGUGGCGGACGACGCCAAGGUGGUCGUCGCCGCCGCCGGCCGCGCAGCCUUCGAGCGCGCCAUGGUCGGCCGGACCAUCGUCGCCGCGCGCCGGAGGGGCAAGAACCUCUGGCUCCAGCUCGACGCGCCGCCCUUCCCGUCCUUCCAGUUCGGGAUGGCAGGCGCGAUAUAUAUCAAAGGCAUUCCUGUGACGAAGUAUAAGAGAUCCGUUGUCAAUUCCGAAGAGGAGUGGCCCUCCAAAUACUCCAAAUUCUUUGCUGAGCUUGAUGAUGGUUUGGAGUUCUCUUUCACUGAUAAACGGCGCUUUGCAAGAGUCCGUUUGUUUGACGAUCCUGAAACUGUACCCCCAAUUUCUGAGCUAGGUCCAGAUGCUCUGUUUGAGCCAAUGUCUGUCGACAAUUUCUUGGACUCCCUGGGUAGAAAGAAGAUUGGGAUAAAAGCUCUUUUACUUGAUCAGAGCUUUCUAUCAGGCAUUGGUAAUUGGAUUGCAGACGAGGUGCUUUACCAGUCAAGGAUCCAUCCAUUACAGAUUGCUUCAAUCUACCUAGGGAGAGUUGUGAAGCACUGCACCGUAGUAUCCAAGAGCUGGUGGCAGGACUACUGCCUAUGUGCCGCAAUUGCAAAACUGAUUGGAACCCAGUCCAGCAAAAUGAUAGCCGCUAACCUGGAACGACUGGAAGAGAACGGUGAUACCAAGGAUUCAGGGACUGAGGGAGAAGAUGCAGAUAUUUUGAAGCCAAAAAAGCGAGCCUCAACCUCCAGGGCUGCCAGGGGACAACAAAACAAAGAUACCGUGGGUGCCAUUUCGAGAAAAGCAAGGGGAAAUGGUGGUGGCAGUAAGAAACCAGAUGCCGAUGUUGAGCCAGCUGAACCAGAAACAGUUGUCACUGAAAGCAACGGUGAGCAAGUUUUGGACCAACCCAACAGUAAUGCUAUCAAUAAGUCAGAUCAGGUUACAAGAAGAUCGUCAAGGAAAGUGAAACCCCGUAAGUAA